AAAUGAUGGAUUAAGUUUUUAUAUGUGUCAAUGAAGAAAAUGGUAACGUAACACAGCAAUACAGUGGUUAAGUGCUUCUUUUUGAACAUGGCAACUCACUGCAGCCGUUCUGAGUUGCCGCGUUCUGAGGGAGAUACGGCCACUACCGUCGAGUCUGACAAGAUGCUGCCUGUGGUCCCUUGCUUGCUUCUAUGACGAUACCUGCUCUGUUCCAUCUCCUGCCGUGCUGGUGGUCCUGGGAGAACCCUGUCACCAGGCGCAAGAGGCGCGCGGGAGCGUGUGACGUUCCUGUCAGCCACCACUCUGUUGUGGUGGUCCGCCAUCUGACGUUCCCGCUGCCGCAGCGUCCUCCUCCCAAAAUUGUCCACCUCAAGCUUCCGUUUCACUGAUGGUAAUCCAUCCCGUAGCUGGCGGCCCGUUGCCAGCUGAGCCGGUGACCUAUUGAUGUCCCGUAGAGGUGUGUUAAGGUACUGGAGCAAGGCAAGAGAGAUCUUAUCGUUGUCUAGACUGCCAUCACCUCCAGUGUUUCCCGGUAGUAUCCUCUUGGCGGACUUCACGGCCACCUCUGCCCUUCCGUUUGACUGUGGGAAGUGCGCCGAGGACACCCGAACUCCUACCCCCCACUUCUGGAGGAAACUUUUCAUCUCUUCACUUCCUAGAUUGGUACCUCCGUCCAUGGAGAGCUGCUCUGGGGCACCCCAUCUCGAGAAGUGGUGACGCACCACAUCCUUAAUUCUGCCUGAUUCUGUGCCAUCAGGCAGCUGAGACACCUCCAGCCAACCCGUGAGCCUGUCUGCAUAGACGAUGUAGUCGUGUCCCUCCAGCUGGAACAAAUCCACCACAGUCUGCUGGAAGGGAUAGUCAGGGGGCGGAGUGAAGAGGAGAGGCUCAGGGGGUUGUAUGUUGCACGUGUCACAGCAGUUGCGAUGGUGCCUCAGGUCCCCUUCAAUGCCAGGCCAGUAUACUGCCUGUCGCGCUUUCCUGAGCAUCGAGUCUAUACCUUGGUGGCCUGCAUGGAGGUGGGCUGCAACCUGCUUGCGUAGGAGGUCUGGAAUCACCAGGCGAGGAUGGUUGCUGUGGAAAGUGGCAAGGGCAACGGGUACUCUCCCCCUGCGGCAGUGUUUGAUGACGACCCUGGGAUCAUGAGCGAAGCAGAGACGUCUUCCACGGGGUUCUGCAGGGAGGGUGGGGGAAACAGCAAGCCUCUCUCCCCCCAGCCCGCUCCCCCUCCUCCAAGACCCUCGAUGCCAGGUCCUUCGAAUCGGACGCUAACAGUUCCUCUUGGGAUGACGACCCAGGUAUCAUGAGCAAGGCUGAGACUUUCUCCACUGGGCGCAGCAGGAACGUGAAGCCUCGGACCUCCCUUCCAAUAGUGCACACGCCCUCCAAGACCCUCGAGCGACCCCUGGAGCAAUAAGAAAUUAGAAUUGACAGAGAAACCAGACAAGGGACUGCAUUUGAAGAAGCACAAGAACCAAGAAAUUACAUCAUUCAAUGAAAUGACAACAAAUCUAAAGCAAAAGGCGUUGCAGAAAGAGCGCAAGAUCACUGUGUUGUGGGAGAAGACAGAGUCCCUUAGUGGUCAGCUGGUGACGGUCCACAACCACAGCCACUUUGAAGAGAAUGGCCUCAGCCACGACCACCUUGCUCAAGAAAAUAUCACGUUGACAGAGCUGAUUAAACAACUAGAAGAUAAGCUCAAACUUUCAAAGAUAGAAAUCAAAGACGUCACAAGACAGAAUAGUGAGCUGCAUGCACUUAUCACAGAGUAUAAAGUCACUCCCUCAGAGGAAAAAGACAAGGAUGGCAUGUCUUCAUGUGAGAACUCAGAAGCUAAAUGUACAGAUACCAAGGGGAAAUUGCUGGGUCAAGUGGCUACACUGACAUCUGAGGUUAGCAGGUUGGAGAGUGAGUGCAGCAGUCUUCAGGUUCAGCUAGACUGUGAGAGCGAUAAGUAUAACAAACUGCUGGGAGAAUCUCUUGCUCAUGAAAAGUUGUCUGAAGAUGUCAUAACUGAACCAAAAGGUGACUACAUCACCAUCUACCAGUUGCAGCGAGGAGUGAUGAAGCAGCAAGCUCGAGAACGCCAGUUAGACCUUGCCAGCCUCCAUCAUGAAUGAGAGGAAAUGAAGCAAAACCACUCAGCAGGAUUUGAUAUCAAAGCUGGUGCAGGAAAAGGAAGCAGAUCAUGACCUUGAGCAGCUCGAGAAGAUAAGCAGCGUCCUUAAGAGUCCAGUUGCUAUCAUUAGCAGUGUUGGAACCAGUGAGUCUGAGACACCCACCAGCAGUGGAAAGGUGGCUGACGAGCGCCUCAAACACCAAAAAAGACCAAAACUGUUACUGCUGCCACACUGCCACCACUUCCACUGACACCAAAAGCCCAACUGUGCAGAGAAUCCUGGACCUCCGCAAUGAAAUGGAGUCCACCAGUCACCUGGAGCACUUUAGCCUCCAAAAGUUCCAUCCGUGUCCAUUGUGUUUGGGUAAACUUAUCACUGUAUAAGGGGACAAGUAUCAGUGUAUGGUUACUAUAUACUCAUUUGUACUUAAAGAUGUCAUGUCACAUCAUUCUCUCUCUCUCUCUCUCUCUCUCUCUCUCUCUCUCUCUCUCUCUCUCUCUCUCUCUCUCUCUCUCUCUCUCUCUCUCUCUCUCUCUCUCUCUCUCUCUCUCUCUCUCUCUCUCUCUCUCUCUCUCUCUCUCUCUGGAAUUAUACUGUAUAUUAGGAAAUAUCAUUAAAGAGUGUGUGUGUGUGUGUGUGUGUGUGUGUAAAAAGUGUUUGCAUUAUUGUGCAUUUGAUGUUAUAGCCCCAGGUUCUUAAAGUUUUCUGGUUUCAUGAUUUAUAAAGUUUGCUAUUUUUAAUAAAGUUAUUGAAUUUGUUA